GCAAAGAAGCAAAGCAUCUUCUCUUCUCGUACACAUACACAUUGUCUUGCUUUCCCUUGCAAGUUUCAACCUUUUUUCCUUGUUAAGGAGUCUUGCUCCUUUUAUUUUUUCCCCUUUAUAAGUUGAUUGAUGCACUAUUAAAACCGUCGGUGUAUCUUUCUUUUGCCAAAAAAUUCACUUAAGUUUGGAAUCUCUACGUAAUCCAAGCGAUUAAUGUGGUCAAAAUGGGUCAAGAAUUCCAACUUUUUGGUUCUUGAUGGUCCAAAGUUUAUGCACCUGUUCAUAUUUUUUAGAUGCAUGUGAAACCCAUGAGUGUUUUCCCAUCGAAGUCUUGUUUUGUUCGUUUUGAUCGCAUGAAAUGGCUCUCUUCAAUUCUUGUGGUUCAUUUUUUGAAUUUUCAUGAGUUUUAGUUCAGAGCCCUCACAGGGCUCUGAUUCCAUUAGACCCUUUUCAAAGUUUCCACCUUUCCUUUCUGGGUGUUUUUGUUUCUGAGAGAUCAAUAGAAGAAAUAGCUUCAUUUGUUUGGGUUAAAUUUGUUCAUUCAUUCUUCAACAGUGUUUUUUUUUCAACAUUUCUCUUUUACAUUUUGUAAUAAUCUAGGAAGUGGAAACAACACCACCCCAACUUAACAUUGAGAAGUCUCAGAAGAAGGUAAAGUAAGUCCAUGAUGAGUUUCCUAACAGACCCUCACAAGGACUCAUGGCAGCCAAUUAUGACUGCUAAGACAAACCAACAGAGUUACUGGCUCAAUUGGAGAGUUUUGCUUUGUGCCAUAUGGAUUCUGGUUUCACUCAUCUUGUCAUCAUUGCUUAUAUGGAAGUAUGAAAGUUUGAGGAAACCAGCAAGAAGUGGAAGCAGGGACACACAAGAAGAAACUUCAGCAACUUUGUAUGAGGAUGAAACUUGGAGGCCUUGCCUGAAAGGAGUUCACCCUGCAUGGCUCAUGGCUUUCAGGGUUGUGGCAUUUAUUGUGCUUUUGGUGCUUCUCAUAAUCAAUGCAGCUGUUGAUGGAGGAAGCAUUUUCCACUAUUACACUCAGUGGACUUUCACUUCAAUCACCAUUUAUUUUGGGCUGGGAUCUUUGCUCUCCAUUUAUGGAUGUUACCAACAUCACAAGAAAGCAACUGGGGAUAAGGUUGAUAAUGUGGAUGGAGAUGCAGAGCAAGGAAUGAAUAAUGCUUCUGCCCUCCCACAAAGCUCUAGUCCUUCAUACCAUGAGAAAAGCCAGGGAGCCCCAGAAGAAGUUCUUGUUCGCCAACAUGCAGGCAUUUGGGGUUACAUUUUUCAAAUAAUAUUCCAGAUUAAUGCCGGUGCUGUCAUGCUCACUGAUUGUGUAUUUUGGUUCAUAAUUGUUCCAUUUCUAACCAUCAAAGAUUACAAUCUAAAUUUUUUGAUAGUCAUUAUGCACUCAAUCAAUGCAGUUUUCCUUAUAGGUGAUACAGCUUUAAAUUGUCUGAGAUUCCCUUGGUUCAGAAUAGGAUACUUUUGCCUAUGGACAGUCACAUAUGUGAUUUUCCAGUGGAUUGUUCAUGCUUGCAUUAAUCUCUGGUAUAAAGUCUUUGACUGACACUAUUUUUAGUUUGGCUUUAACUACUAUGAAGACAUCAUUGUCUAAUGUACUUUGCGGUGGCAUUAUUGCAGAUUCCAUGCUAUGGAAUUUUCGCUUUGUUAAUGAAGCUGAAACAUUAUGUCUUGUCAACACGGUAUCCAGACUCGUAUCAAUGUGUUAGAUGAAUUCAGCUUAGUUCUAAA